AUGGAGUCAAGCAAUGACACUACCUCUGGAUUCUAUAUUGUAGGAUUCUCUCAUGUUCCUGGCUGGGAAGGUCUUUUCAGCUUUUCCCUGUCACUUAUUUAUUUAUCGGCCAUUUUCAGUAAUCUAUUUAUUCUUUCCAUGAUCUUUGAUGAUCCUCGUCUCCACACCCCCAUGUACUUCUUCCUUGGGAACUUAUCUUUCCUGGAUGUAGGCUUUAUAUCAACCACUGUACCCAAAGUGCUGUUAAGCAUGUUGACUAAUAAGUAUAUUUCUUUUCCUGGUUGUCUUGUCCAACUAUUUUUUUAUGUCUUACUGGAAGGUACAGAAGCUUUUUUGCUCUCAGCCAUGGCAUAUGACCGUUAUGUGGCCAUUUGUUCUCCAUUGCAUUAUAACAUUAUUAUGAAUGCAAAAGCAUGCACUAUUCUGGCUAUUUUUUCCUGGAUUUUUGGUUGUGUGAAUUCUACAAUUCAUACAGCUCUCACCUUCUCUCUACCCUUUUGCAAUUCCCAUCUGGUAGAUCACUUUUUCUGUGAUAUUCCACCCCUCCUCCAAUUGUCCUGCACAGAUACCCACAUUAACAAAAUGGUCCUAUUUACAGUUGGAGGGGUGUGGGUAGGUAUAAGUCCACUUUUAUUUAUACUAGUCUCUUAUUCCUAUAUUUUGGCCACCAUUAUUAAAAUACACUCAAUACAGGGAAGAAGGAAAGCUUUUUCCACCUGUUCGUCUCAUAUAAUGGUGGUGGCAUUAUUCUUUGGGGCAAGUUUGUUCAAUUACAUACAACCUUCCUCAAGUUAUUCUUUAGAGAAGAAAAAAGUGGUUUCAGCCUUAUAUAGCAUUUUGCCACCAGUUUUUAAUCCUUUCAUAUAUAGUUUACGAAAUGAUUCUGUUAAAGGAGCCAUCCUGAGAGUCAGAGCUGAAUUAAGCUCCUACAGAACCUGGAGAUGA